AUGGGUGUGCAAGGAUUCCCGACCUUGAAGAUCAUUACACCCGGCAAGAAACCUGGAAAGCCCAAAGUAGAGGACUACCAAGGCGCACGAACCGCCAAAGCUAUUGUCGACACAGUCGUCGACCGAAUCCCCAACCACGUCAAGCGCGCCACAGACAAGGACCUGGACAAAUGGCUGGGCCAAAACGAGGAGCGACCCAAGGCCAUCCUUUUCACAGAGAAGGGAACCACCAGUGCCCUGAUUCGCGCCUUGGCUGUUGACUUCCUCGGCGCCAUUGAUGUUGCCCAGGUACGCAGCAAGGAAUCCGCCUCUGUGGAGAAAUACGGCGUGUCGGAAUUCCCCGCGCUGGUCGUGAUUCCCAGCAGCGACGCGGAGGUCCAGCUGUAUGAGGGCGAACUUAAGAAGCAGCCCAUCCUCGAAUUCCUUGGCCAAUUCGCUUCGCCAAACCCAGACGCCACAGGCAAAGCCGCCUCUGCCUCUACAAACAGCAAGGCCAAGGCCAAGCCAAAGGCCAAACAGCCACAAAAGCAGCCAAAGACCGAAGAUGAAGAGCCAUCGGAGGAAAAUGACGAGCCUGAAGCCAAGCCAGUUCAAGAGCCCGAAUCAAUUCCUCCUCUCUCAACCCUCGCUACCGCGGAAUCUCUGGAGUCAUCCUGCCUAGCCCCGAAAUCAUCCACCUGUGUCCUUGUUCUUCUCCCAGAAACAAGUGAUGCAGAUGCUGAGCUCCCAUCCACUGCCACCAAUGCUCUGUCCAGCCUGGCAGAGAUUGAGUACAAGCAUUCCUUGCGUGGCGCCCGCCUCUUCCCUGCUUACUCGGUGCCGGGGGUCAACACUGGAUCCCAGGCUCUGCGCACCGCGUUGGGGCUGGAGGAUAGCAAAAGUGUACAGAUUAUCGCCAUCAACGCCCGCCGUGGAUGGUGGCGCCGAUAUGGCAAUGCCGAGGACUUCGGCAUCGUCGCCGUUGAGAGCUGGGUUGAUGCUAUCCGUCUCGGAGAAGGUGCCAAGGAGAAGCUACCGGAGGGUAUCGUUCGCGACGAGGCCGAAACCCAGGAAAAGAAAGCAGAGACCGAUGCUGAGCAUGACGAGCUGUAA